AUGUCUACCGACCCAGCCCUCACCCCUCUACACCAAAAGCUCUUCGAAGAAGGCCUGAAAGUCCGCCGCGAAGUUGUCGGCAACGAGUACGUCGACCGCGCCCUCGCCGGCGGCUCUACGGAAUUCUCUCGCGCCGGUCAAGAGCUCGUCACAGAAUUUUGCUGGGGGGCGCCGGAGCUGGCGGUGCAUAUUCGAGGAGCGAUCAAUAAUGGGUUGACGGAGGUGGAAAUUCGAGAGGCGAUAUUGCAUGCUACGACGUAUUGUGGUGUGCCGGCAGGCGUGGAUGCGAUGAAGACUGCUGAGAGGGUGCUGAACGAAAUGGAAGAGAAGGGGGAGCAUAAGCGGGAGCUAGGGAAGCGCGUUGCAUGA